CCCAGCUGUGUAGCGGGUGGUAUCGAGGAGUAGCCAUUCUAAUAUUUGCAGUGCUUGGUGUACAGAUAACAAACUGUGGUGUUCUGAUGCAAAAACACGCAAGCAGCAUCAUCUAUCAGUGGAUUUCUAGCAGUUACUGUUAACUUCGUGUCACAAUUAUUAUGUGAGCUGUUUACGUUUUCCGGCCUUUUCGUUGAAGGCGAAAUAGGUCAUUUGAAAAUGUGACCCAUUCAACCCUAGGUCAAUAUCACUGUCUCAUAAUAUGUCAUUUCGAUAAAUAAUGUGAAAGUAAAUGGUUUAGUGAAUACUAUGGCAUUCAGUUUAGCGAAGUGUUGUUUUGAUUCGGAAUUGCCGGAUGUUUUUGAUUCUGUGAUUCAGAAGUGUACCGAUCCGGGAUGUUGCUGUGGUUGCUGCUCAGCGUUGCGGCCCCGUUACAAGCGGCUUGUCGAUAAUAUCUUCCCAGUGAAUCCACAGGAUGGAUUGGUUAAAAAUAACAUGGAAAAGCUGACAUUUUAUUCACUCUCAUCUCCAGAGAAAUUGGAUCGAAUUGGUGAAUAUUUGUUCCAGAGAGCUAGCAGAGACAUUUAUAGACGGCGAAAUGGGUUUGUUGUCAUCGCUAUGGAAGCUAUGGAUCAACUGUUGGUAGCAUGCCAUGCACAAACACUGAACCUGUUUGUUGAGAGCUUCCUCAAAAUGGUGCAGAAACUUCUGGAAUCUACUGAUCCACAACUACAAAUUCUUGCUACCCAGUCGUUUGUGAGAUUUGCCAACAUUGAAGAAGAUACUCCAUCCUAUCACCGACGUUAUGAUUUCUUUGUGUCCAAGUUUUCUUCCAUGUGCCACAGUAAUGAUAAUGAACCUGAGCUUAGAGACAAAAUCAGGCUUGCAGGCAUUAAAGGUUUACAGGGUGUGGUCAGGAAGACUGUAUGUGAUGAUCUGGUUGAAAACAUCUGGGAAGCAGUUCAUAUGGACAAGAUUGUACCAUCACUUCUUUAUAAUAUGCAGAAUUCAAGGUGAGGAUUUAUUUUUCAUGUAAUGUAGAAGUACUGUGA